AUGAAGCUUAUCUAUAAGAGUGGCUACUCUUGUAACGACAAUACUGUUCAGUCGAUGCACGUUAUUCUAGAGGAUAUGGAGUUGCUUAAGCUUUCUCUCGAGAACCAGCAAAUUAAGCACCACAUUAAAGGCAAGGUUCUCCCUCCCGAGGUUAGUAGCGCCAUCGAGGGUCUAUGGAAGGACCGUAGCGUCCAGCAGUAUUUUAACUACUUGGAUAAUAUUGCCCGUAUCGCCGCUCCCGAUUAUACACCCAAUAAGCAGGACGUCCUCCAAUUGCGUAUCAAGACUACCGGUAUUACCAAAACUACCUUUAUUAUUGGCGAUAUUGCUUAUUGCAUGAAGUGGAUCUACUACUUCGAUGAUAUCGCCGCCAUUCUCUUCCUCAAGGCUAUAACUCUUUUCAGCUCUAUCUGCAACUCGAGGUUAUUCUUCAAGACUCUAAUUAUCCUCUUCCUUAAUAAAAUCAAUUAUUUUAAGGAAAAGCUACCCGAUAGCCCCAUAAAGGACUGCUUCCCCGAUUACAAGGGCGGCGAUAAUUAUUCUGCUGCUUGCCGCUAUAUUAUCAAGCGUUUCGUAAGCUUGAAAUAG